AUGGUGGCCAACAAACGCUUGCGGUUGCAGGAGCCAGCGGAGGAGUGUCCGUACGAGGUCGGGUCCCGCGUGGUCUUUACGCCUCCCCGAGGCCCCGCGCGCCUGUGUACGGUGUCUUCCGUGACGUCCGAUCUUGGGCGCUGCCACAUCGGCUUGCAGUCCGAAGAAGGUAGUUGGUGUGUGCCUUCCUGCAGCAGCGGAUUGAAGAAGGUCUUGUUGCCCCAAGACAAAGCAGUGCUUCGCCGUCUACUUCAGGGCCUCGAGGCCAAGAGCGAGAGCGAUGCGCUCCGCUUCUCCUCGAAGCAGCGGAAGGCCUUCGAAGCGCUGCGCGGCACCGAACGUCCAGGUUCAAAGCAGGCCGUGCCGAGGCCAGUGCCCACACCUUGGAGCACCUUGCUAAGCCACAUCACAGCAGGCACUAUGACGUGGGAAGAUGCACACAGCGUAUUUCAGUCCUGCUCGAAUGGCGAAAAUCCCUUGCCCUGCAGCUUGUUGUUGGCCCUGGUGCGUGCGGGCAAGGAGCUGGUGCGAUGGGAGCCGAUGCUCCUGCGCUUGAGCGUCCCUGCCGGUCGCCUCGUCAUCCUGGGAGAUACCCAUGGUCACUUGAAAGAUGUUGUGCACAUUUGGAAGACAGAAGGGCUACCAAGCAAAGACUUGGUCUACCUCUUCAACGGUGAUAUUUGUGACCGCGGCGACUCGGAGCGCCGCGGGGGGCAGCGCGCCCUGCAGAUUUGGGCCUCGGUUCUUGCUUACAAGAUUGCCGCGCCCGAGUGCAUCUAUGUGACCAGAGGCAAUCAUGAAGACCGCGACUACUGGCCGCAGUAUGGAGCCACGGGCUUCAGUGGAGAGAUCGAGGCCAAGUACGACCGCUCGGAGGCGGAUGACUUGCUGGACGCCUUUGGCGAGCUAUGCGACCAGUUGCCCUUGGCAGCGGUGGUGCAAGAGCAGUGUCUCGUCCUCCAUGGUGGCCUGCUACGAUGUUGGGCAGACGACCCGAGCCGGUCGCUCCAGGACUUGGAGGCGUUGGAACGUCCCCUGUGCAUCCCGGAGAACGUGGACGGCCGACAGAAGCAGCUCAUCUACGACGCCACCUGGGCUGACCCGCAGAAGGAGAACGGCUUGGGCCCCAACGACCGUGGAGGUGAAGCGAUCUCCUUCGGCCCAGAUGUGACGCGUUCCGUCUUGAAGAGCUUUGGCCUCCAACUACUUCUGCGCUCGCAUGAGCUGCCAGGCCGUGGGAGCGAAGAGUUCAAGGGUCGAGGCUUCGAGUGGUGGCAUGCAUGCGAGGAUGAGAUGGAGGUUUUACUGAAAGGUGCCAAAGGCUUAUGCCUUUCCCUCUUCACAGCCAGCGACUAUUGCGGGUGCUUGGAAGGAAACUCAGGUGCUCGGGUGAUCUUCGAUGGCGAUGGCUUCCACAUCGUUGAGCACCAGGGCUGGGAGGCCGAGCAUGCCUUUCUACAGAGUCAGACCGAGAAGCCCUUUGACCCGGCAGAAGGCAUGCUGUUUGAGGGCCCACUGGAACGCAGUGUCAUCGAGGCGGUGGUGGAGAGGAAGCACGAGCUUCUGGCGGAGUUCAUGGCCUCGGAUGCACCGAAGGACUGGUUGCUUCCCUUGGAGUCCUGGCAAGCCUGUUGCCACCGCGUGUUGCCUCAGAUCCCGUGGCAGGACUUGGUGAACAACAAGAGCAUCGUACCGCUGAGGAGUGGCCAAGUGAACUACAUGCUCUUCUUGACGCGAUAUCAGGUCCGCUUCAGUCACAAGCAAGGCCUCCACGCGAGCUUCCACCGGCGCAUGGCCUCGCAGCUCUUCGCAGGCGUGUUGGAGGCGGAUGCGACGCUCCGCGGCACUUUGGAGUUGCUGGACCCGGAUGGUGAUGGUCGUGUGAGCGCUCCCGAGUUCGCUGCAGCGCUGCAGCGCAGCGCCGGUGGCGUUCUGCCGACGCAGGCCUUAGCUCUGUACCGCACGGCGGCAGAACAAGGUGGAAACAUUCGGGUGGAAGACAUCCUUGGCACGCUCUCGGUGCAUUUCGCGCUCACCGAGCCGCGCGCCACCACGCCGGACACGGAAUUCAUUCCAGGUUUGCUGGAUGCCCUGUGCCGGGAGGUUCUCUCCUCUGGACAUGGCGCUGGUCCUGGAAUCAUGCUGCGUCGGUUCUUCGAGCGGGCGGACCGGAACGCGAACGGUUAUUUGGAACCCAAAGAGUUCAAGGACGCCCUUCGUGAGUUGCCUUCGGGGCAACAUCUACUAGACGAGGAGCUGGAACAUUUGGCCAACUACGUUGAUCUCAACGGUGAUGGGCGCAUCAACUAUCCCGAGCUCUUGAGAGCUUUGUAUGUGCGCGCUGGCCAGGGUGCCAAAGCCUUGUUGGAGGAUUCUUUGGAAGCUGUGCAUCGAGUCCUUCACUUUGAGUUCGCGAGGCCCUUGCGGAGCCUCCUGCGGCGCCUGAACCCCGCUGCGCGGCGCUGUAGCUGCUCCAGCUUCAGGCGUGCCCUGCACUCGCUGAACUCAGCGGGUGGCGCUUCGCUGAGCGAGGUGCAGCUCAGCUGCUUGGUGGACAGUAUUGAUGUUGACACCCGUGAAGAUGAGGAGCAGCCAAACCAAGGAAGAUUUCUUUGA